GCAUCACAGCGGAGGAGACUCUCAUUCUGCUCACAUGCUCUGCCUGCUCGUCCUGUACCUGUCGUUUCUGCACCACAAAUAGCUCUCGGUGCUUGAGGUCUCAGCAGUCUGGAGUCUGUCUACCUUUAACCCAAACCAAAAGAGAAUCUGUUGGCUAGGAGCCCGUGAAUGAGAGCCUAAAGCAAGCAGGAGAAAGGUGCACACAGAGCUGAUUACAAUGGGGGCUGUGAUCCCGGUGCUCCUUUCUGGAAUAUGGCAGCUCUGUGGCCAUGCCGGAUGUGAAAGCCCCACAAUGUGAUUACUCCCCAGCAGGGUCACCUGCAGGCUGUAGCAUGGACUUGUCCAUGGACCUGUCUGUCCUCAGCUCCCCGCUGUCUGCUUUCCCUCAUCAUGGGGUGCCCUCCUUCCCUGCCCAGGGCGUAACACCGGGACACUGCAAUAACAACAAUGGCCUGCUCAGCAACCUGGGGCUCUACUGCUCCACCAGCAGCAUGCAUCCCCUUAAACAGCCUGACGGUCAGUCUGGCUACAGUACACUGCGCUUUCCACAGGGCUGCAUCAACACUGGUGGUACACGGCUGUACCGCAGCCUGGAGAACCUGCACUGGGCUGCUGUUUCUGAUCCAAAUGCGUAUCCGUACAGGACUGUGGACAGUGAGUUUAUUCUGCAUUGCACUUCACGGAGUCACUGGUAUGACGGAGCUUCUCAGGAACAGCAGGUCUAUGGUUUAAUGCCGUCCUCUGAUGGCAUGGCAAUCUACGGGCGCCGAGGGGUGUUGAAGAAGGAUAUACCACUCUUCCCACAAUGGCUGUUACCUGCGGUUGAGGACUGGGGCAUGAACGGAAAUGCCCGAAAGGGUCUUCGGGAUAAGCUGAGACUCCAGAGCACACGCGUAGCAGAGCCCAAUAAACCUGUGCGUCCUCAGCCUGUGCUUGGAAACGCACCUCCUCUGAUGCAUCAGGAUGUAGCAGUUCAGCCAGGGCUGGUGUUGUUACAAAAAAAUGGACAGCGAGAUUUAAGUGCACGUCGCAUCACAAGUCCCGAAGAGAUCAAACAAGAAGCGAUGCGACGACUUCAGCUACGCAGGCAAAGGAGCACCCCUAACCUGGCACUGACCUCCAGACAGGAGUCUAGUGCUCUGAGUAAAGCUCAAACUGCAGAACUUAUCUGCACCAACUCUGCUCAGUCAACCCCCGAGAGGAAAAGACCCCCGAUGGGCCGCCUGCACAUACCCACAUUUGAGGAGUUUAAGAGAAUGAGGCAAAGGGAGAGCAGUAAGAACCACAGCUCCUCAGAAAUGGAGAGUUGCGACAGGCCAAGCGAGGAAACACAGAAUCCAGAAAGGACUACCACUGAUGUCAGGACCACUCAGGAUUUGGCUUGUGGGCCCAGUGGAGGGGAGAUGUCUAAGCCCAUUUCUACUACAGUGGUCCCAGGAGGACCCAUCUGCACAGGCCCAGUGGCCCGCUCUCCAUUACAUCCUCAAGCUGCUGCAGGAAAAGAGGAAGAGACAAAGGGCCCAGCAAGCCCUGGGGCCACAGAUGUAGCUGCUCUCCCUUUCCCGCCCCGCCGGGAGAGUGGUGAUGUCCCAUCCAGCUGCUGCCAAGCAAUCCUUCCUGAUGGCACAGACCUGUCCAGCUAUGGAGCCAAAAUCUACAAAAUGAAGGAUGGCUUUCUAGGAUCUGCCCUGGACCUUAUUAAAAAAAGCUGCAGUGCAGAGAUUGCAGCCGAGACGCCCGUCCGACUGUCGCGCGAGCCCGAUGACGUCACCGGCAUCACCCAGCCCUGCCAUCAAUCUGCCUGCGUUGCCAUGACGACGCGGGCCUGCGGAGAGGAGGCUUGCACCGAGCCCACGGGACGGCGGGGGAAAGCGGACACAGAAUGCGUUUCAGGGCCGGGCUGCAGACGCUCCAGCUCAGAUGCGGCCUAUGAGCUGGCGGAGUCCGUGAGGGCCCAGCGUGAGUGUCGUCUGCGGCCCCACUACAGCGACCCCAUGCCUGCAGAUGCCACCAAGCGGAAGCAGCUGGAGAUGAAGAUUGCCGCCGCCGCACGCUUGAACAUUCACCGCAGAGACAGAGACACCGCAGCAGGCACAGCUCGGGGCCGCUCAGAGCCCAGAGGUGAGGACAGGAGCAGGGGUUUGGGUGUGAGUCGCUCCGCACAGCACCGCUGGAGUACAGUCAGCAGCCUAAGUGCAGACAGCGGUGUGGUGGGCUGGAGCGAUGAGCGCGAGGAUGAGGAAGAGCCCCGUCGGGCCCGUCACAGCGCCGGAGCCGAGGUAGAGCGGGUGGACAGCGGCAUCGGCCAUGGAUUGGCUCGGAGCCGGAGGAGACCCCUGCCGUUCCUUAGGACCUGGGAGGUUCCGCAGCCCUGUCCCGACUGCGGACACAAAGAGGGCGCUCAUGGAGAGGGCAUGUGUGAACGCUGCUCAAAGCUACGCACAGAGCGCAAAGAAGCCAUCCUGGAGUUUCUCAACACUGAGUCCAGCUACGGAGAAGAUCUGCGAAUCAUCAAGGAGGAGUUUUACUGUCCCAUGCAGAGUGCAGGGUUGCUGACCGCAGAACAGCUGACCGUGGUCUUCAGCAACGUUCAAGAGCUCAUCGAUGUCAAUGACAAGUUCACAGACCAUCUGCAGGACAGCAUUGAUCAGGCAUUUGAUCAGGGUGACGAGGACCUGCAGGCUGUGUGUAUUGGAGAAAUCUUCUUAGAGUUUGUCAACAUGCUUCCAGCGUUUCAGACGUACUGCUUACAGCAGUCCACAUCUGUCAACAUGCUCAACACUCUGGAGAAGGAAAAGGAGCUGCUUAGAAUAUUUCUCGAUGUCUCCCAGAAUGACAACACAGCACUCAGACGCAUGAACCUGCGCUCCUUCCUCAUGGCGCCGCUUCAGCGCGUGACCAAAUACCCACUGCUGCUAAGCCGCAUCAGCAAGGCCACCAACGAAUGUCACCCAGAUUACCCGCGCUUAAAAGAAGCCAAGAGCCGCGUAGAGUCCCAUCUGGAGCACAUCAACAUGAAAACCAAACAAGAAGGGACUGCCACAUGGUCCUUACGCUCCUUCCGACGUGACAGCCGCAAGAACCGAGAGGUCAUCAACAUCGAGAUGAGGGAGCUGUCGAUGAAGAUGGUGGGCUGGGCGCGGGAAAGCACCCACUUCAUCAUGGAGGGGCCGCUCCAGCUAGCACAGCCCGCCGAUGGACAGUGGCUGAAGAAGGGAAGCAAAUCCCUCAAAUUCCAGAAUGUUCAAAGUUUACUUAUGGUUCGCACCCUCCGCGCUACAGACUCAGUGACUGAUGGUAGUUUGGAGAUUUCGGAGACGGUGCAGGAUGGUGUGCUGGUGCUCAUCAAGGACAAAAGCAGUGGCAAGUUCACUGUGUUACGGGAACCCAUCCGUCUGGCCAACUGCGUGGUGUCCGUGGACCCAGACUGUGAAGAUACCUUUGAAGUGCUGGACAUCCGACGCGAGGCCUUCGUUUUCCGUGCCUCCGACAAACCGCGCACUCAGCAGUGGUUUCGACAGGUCAAGAGAUACGUUUGUGAUCUGGGAUCCUGGAGAAAACGACGCAACGCUCUCCCUAAUAUCAUGAUUAACACCACUCAGAGCCGGUCCUGAGACUGAGCCCUCAGGCACAAACUCUGAUGUAUAAUGAGUUAUAAUGAUGAAGACAAUACAAACAAAUCAAUAUUUUGUUGAGCGAACAGUAUUUGUGUGGGGAAACCGCGUCCAGUAGAUAUUUCUCCACCAAUGGACUUUUAAAUCGCAAGGUUUUACUGUGGUUUAACAGCGACUUAAUAUUAAGGUGGCACUUUGUAUGAGUGGAGAGAGAAAAAAUGACAUUUGGGACGAGGAGAAAUUCACUGUCAAGCAAAAAGUAAUGCCCUUUGGCAUGACAAAACGAGGGCCUUGUUAGAUGCCUCACUGCUGCACUUACUGAUUGUAAAACCAGUUGGCUACUGAGAAGAAACGUUUUCAGGUGUGAAAUGGUGACGAUGAGCAUGAGCGAGGAUUGGUGGACUUUUUAGAAUGCACAACAGAGUGGAAAGCUGUGUUUGGGGUGAAGACUGGGUAAAGCCGUUUGUUUUCGGACCAUUGUAACUCCCUCUUCCACUCUCUUUCUUCCAUUAGCUUUGAUUCCCACUGCCAUCCAGGAGCAGUUCUCAUUUUUGUAUCACUGUGCUGGUUUAUAAAACAGCAAUAAUCUUCAUUGUAGCAGCAGUUUUUGUUUGGAGGUACCCAUGUUCUUGUGAGCAGCGAUGUAACAAAAACAUUUGUUGGUAUGUUUUCUCCAUUGAUGAUGAUGAUGAUGAUGUAGCCUCAAUCUAUUGCCACUCAUGGUUGUGCUGAAACCCGAAUUAGAAUCAAUUUAAUGAACCAUUUCCUCCCCAAAUCUUGUAGCUAAUAAUUGGGAUUUUGCUUCUCUUGUAAUCUUUGAGGGGAAGAAAAUAUGUGCCUUUGUUUAUUUGAUAAUGAACGAGUACAAAUUAGUUCAAGUUUCCCCUCUACUUGUACCCACAGAUCAGGCCGUAAACGAGAUCGAUAUUCUUUUUUUGCUGCUAUUGUAUUCCAAGUGAUUCCCCACUGAUAUUCGAAGCUGUGCUUUAUGACAACUCGCUCGGUUACCUUACCUGUUUUUGUUUGAUGCACUUUAUUAUGAAGGUCCUAAAACAGGAGCGAGAACGAUGUUCUGCAGUUUACAAAGCUUUACUGUACUCCGUUUUAAAGAUUGUUUGAGCUUUAAGAGAACCACAGUUGACUUCAGCAAUAGCAAUCAGCCACAUUCACACCGUCAUUCCGGUCUUUCUCCAUCUAUAGAUGGAUAGAAAUGAUUACAUCUAAGUUGCAACAUGUAUAUUUACGGUUUGUUUUCCAAUGGCAUUGAUACUGUUAGAUAAAUCAUAGCUUCCACAGUACACGACAGAAAGAGUUGCAGCUGCCAGAGUUUGAUCUGAGACCAAUCAAGCUGUUCAAUACCUUUUUUCCGUUCUUAAAAAUCUAAUUUAAUAUGAUUUUGUUGUGUAAAAUAUUGUGAACUACAAUUAAAAAAA